AUGGAGGUGGUGGCUCGGUGCCUCUGCCGGCCUCCUCUUGCACGGAGGACUGCUGCCGCGAUGCUGGGGUUCCUGGAGGUCCUCUGCGGGUCCAAAGCCUCCGAUCUAAACGUGAAGGACAAAGAGAAGUACAACUUUGACCCCAAGAAGCUCCUGUCGCAGAUUGCGGUCAUCGUCCUGCGAGUGUGGACCCAGGAGUGUCGACAGAGUGAGGCCGUCUCCCCAACGGAGGGGUUCCUGGUCUCAUUCAGCACCCACCCCGACUUCACCCAGUCGGUGGUGGACUGCUGGACCAACGUCCUCACCAGACACAGUCUCCUGGACCCUCCCAGUCAGAGGAACUUCUCCACCUUUCUGGAGGAGGUGGGGAGGUUUAGGACCGAGGUGGAGACAGCCGAAGCAAUGGACACCUCUCAUUCUUCAUCGGGACCUGACGGGGCUGCCUCUGGUAACCGUGACGAUGAUUGGCAGACCGAGGCAGAGGCCGAGGACACGAGAGACGACGAUCUUCGGGAGUUCUACCAAGCUGCCCUGGAGGGGUCAAAGUACGACUCUGCCGAGCUUCAGGACGUGCAUCUGUUUGCCAGCAAGGCUCAGGGCACCCUCGAUCCAAGGUCAGUGAAGUUGAAGGCAAUAAUGAGAGAGAUGAAACAUUUGGAGGAAUCACUACCCAUCCACCCUGACUCAGCCAUCUUCCUCAGACAGGAUGAGGAGAAGCUGGAUCUGGUGAGGGUGCUCAUCACGGGACCAGCCGACACUCCAUACAGUCACGGCUGUUUUGUGUUUGACAUUCUCUACCCGAAUACCUACCCCACCAACCCCCCCAUCGUCUUCAUGACCACCACUGGAGGAGGCACCAUCAGGUUCAACCCGAACCUCUAUGCCGAUGGGAAGGUGUGUCUGAGUCUACUGGGUACUUGGCAUGGCGGAGAUGCCACCGAGAAAUGGGACCCUCUCAGAUCAAACUUACUCCAGGUGUUGCUGUCAAUCCAGGGAAUGAUAAUGAUCCCCGACCCCAUGUUCAACGAACCUGGCUACGAGACCAUUCGCAACACCGAGGAUGGGGAAACCCGUAGCCGUGGUUACAAUGCCGAUAUACAGGUGCACACAGUGCGCUAUGCCAUGGUGGAGCAACUGAGGAAUCCACCCACAGGGUUUGAGGACAUAGUGAAGGUCCAUUUUGCCAUCCAGAGGGACGUCAUUCUGAAACAGUGCUCGCAAUGGUUGCGCAAUGCCGUCUCCCCUGAACACGAACGACGGCUCCGAAGAGCUGUCGACGAACUCCGCCUUGAACUAGAGAAGAUUUGA